AAACGUGAAAAAGUUUAGCUAACUGUUGCAACAGCCAAAGAGUUACAGAUUUUGCAAACAAGUGGAAGAAAAAACAAACCAGAGCAACAGCACAGAAGCAGCCUGCGUGUAAGAGGUUCAAGGGAAAGGUCACCCGAUUCAGCGUUGGAGGCACGUCCCACACGCGCGCACCAGAUACAAAGAGAAACCGUACGUUCGAACACAGUCCGCGUGACGGGAAUACCAAAAAGCUGUAGUCGUGUACCCACACACAGGGUCGCUCAUCCGCUGGAACAGGAUUAAGAAGCCCCAGAACGUACAGCGAGCCCCGACGUCACUCGACCGGCUUCGUUUAUAAGAGCCGUCGUCCUCAUCGCGCGCAACGCAGUCCCGCCUCGCUCCCACGGCAAGGCGCACUCGGGUCUCGCUUUAUCCCCAAGGCCGCAAGUGCGAAUCGCGUCAAACCGGGACAGCAAUCAAGAUGGUGGUUAACUACCGGGUAUUCAAAAAGUGCUCGCCGAACAACAACAUCUCGCUGUACCUCGGCAAGCGUGACUUCAUCGACUACCUCUCCGGCUGCGAGCCAAUCGACGGAGUCGUACUCCUCAGUCCCAGCUACUUCGAGAACCAGCGCAAAAUAUGGGUCCAGCUAAUCUGCAGCUUCCGCUACGGGCGGGAGGAGGACGAAGUAAUGGGCCUGAACUUCCAGAAGGAGCUCUACUUGGCCUCGGAGCAACUCUACCCACGGGUCAAGAAGUCGGAGCACAACUUGACCAAGCUACAGGACAGGCUGUUGCGCAAGCUCGGGCCAAACGCCAUUCCCUUCACCUUUGAGUUCCCAAACACGUCACCGUCCAGCGUGACUCUGCAGCCCGGGCCCGAGGAGACGGGCGAGCCGUGCGGCGUCACCUACACCGUCAAGGUGUACGCCGGCGAGACCGAGACCGACCGGACCCACAAGCGCAGCACCGUCACCAUGAGCGUGCGCAAGAUCCAGUACGCCCCGACGAAGCAGGGCCGCCAGCCGUGCACGGUCGUGCGCAAGGAUUUCCUCCUGAGUCCCGGUGAACUCGAGCUCGAGGUCACCCUCGACAAACAGCUCUACCACCACGGCGAGCGCAUAGCCGUGAACAUCUGCGUGCGCAACAACAGCAACAAAGUCGUCAAGAAGGUCAAAGCCCUGGUGCAACAGGGCAUCGACGUCGUCAUCUUCCAGAACGGUCAGUUCCGCACGGUUAUCGACGCCGUGGAAACACAGGACGGCUGCCCGAUCAAUCCCGGCUCGAACCUCCAGAAGGUGCUGUACCUGCAGCCCCAAAUCGAGAACAACACGCAGAGGCGGGGCAUCGCGCUCGACGGAAUGAUCAAGGGCGAGAAUCCGGAGCUGGCGUCCAGCACGUUGCUCACGUCGCCCGACGUCAGGGACACCUUUGGGAUCGUCGUGUCGUACGCGGUUAGAGUUAAGCUGUACCUGGGAGCUCUGGGUGGCGAGUUGACGGCAGAAUUGCCGUUCAUCCUCAUGCGGCCCAAACCCACGGACAGAUUCAAGGUGCUCGCGGACGACAAUACGGCCAUCGAGGAGAUUUAUGACGAGAAGGAGAGAGCAGCCAUACGCGGUUAGGUGGGAUUUGACAUACAUUUUUCUUUUUCCAACUUUUAUCUAUUGCAAUGAUGUCGUCGGACUUUUUCUUCCAAUCAUCAUUUGAUAUACAACUUUGACAACUCUUUGAAGGGAUUACGAUGCUUUUUUUCGUUUAUUUAUGCCCCAGAGGAGUCAUUUUUUUUUAUUGCGUUUCUUGGAAAAAGAUAUGUCGGCAAGUGCACGUGACUCAUUGCCGUCUAAUAUAAGUACACUUUAAAAAUAAAUUGAGAUGGUCUAAUAUGCUUAUUUCUGGUGAAAUGUGACAGAUAUUGAUUUUUAUCAUCGAUGCUUGGAGUAAGAUGAACAAGAUCGCGAAAACAACCUAUCAAGGGUUUAUACAACGACGAGUGAAUUAGAUUAAUUACUUUGUAACGUUUCUAUUGAAACCAUCAAUCAAAUGACGUUUACAUUUUAUUAUUUUUAAUUGCUUGGUAACAAAUAUUACAAUUUACGCAACGUUAUAUUUUUAAUACAA